GUCAUAUGCAAAACGCUGCGUUUAACCAGUCAACCGCGCAGAUUUUAAACGCUGCGUUUUCGAUGCAUCUUCUUCGGAAGAAUCUUCACUUGGGAACUCCGUACAAGUUAACUCAGAUUAUUCGAUUUUGAAACCCUAAUAUCAAGAUAAGUAUUGAAGUCAGCAUUCUUUGCUGAACCAGCAAGGGUUUCUACAUGGAUCUUCCGAAGAGGAGAGUUCAACUUUUCAUCUUCAUCGCUGGUAUCAUCGUUCUCAGCAUUACAGCUGAAAAAUGUAGGCAGCUGGUUGGGGAAGAGGGUUCGUCCCAAAGUGGGAAGUUCACAAUACUGAACUGCUUUGACAUGGGAACUGGAACUUUAGCAUGCACUGUGAAGGAGGGAGUGAAACUCUAUGUCUACAGCAUUAGAACUGCUCAUGUCGAGGGAGUAAGAAAUUUAGCUAUUGAGACGGCACUAGCUGAUGCAGUAUCACAGGGAUUGCCUCCUAAAGAUGCAGCGAAACAAGCACAGAAAGAAGGAGCAAAGGCAGCAAAGCAAGCGAGCCGGCAAGCUAAACGUAUUGUAGGCCCCAUUAUCUCUUCUGGAUGGGACUUUUUUGAAGCUAUAUACUAUGGUGGUACCAUGACCGAAGGGUUCCUCAGGGGCAGUGGAACUUUAGUUGGUGCCUAUGCUGGAGGGUUCCUUGGAGAGCAAAGCCUUGGGAAGUUCGGUUAUCUUGUCGGUAGUCAUCUGGGUUGUUGGGUUGGUGGUAGGAUUGGAUUAAUGGUAUAUGAUGUAAUUAACGGAGUACAUUUCUUGCUUCAAUUCGUUCAAAAUGAAGAAACUGAACCAGUGGAAGGAAAAAUUGAAGCUUCUUCUGAGUACUCCAAUGAAUUUGAAUCUCCUCCCUAUGAGAACUACGAAUCUCCUCCCUAUGAGAACUACGAAACAUAUGAAAAUUAAGAGCUGAGAUGAAGACAAUGAAAUCCUUUCUAUGAUUUUAAUUUUCAUGAUAUUGUAUUGAAUGUAGAUGCAAUAUAAGCAUAUUUUAGUAAUACAUUCAAAUUUGUGUAUAGAUGUACUAAUAAUGUUGUCUUAAAGUUUGUGAGAAUUCAUAUUGGCCCCUA